AUGAAGGCAGCAGAAAAUCAAUCCCAGAUCAAUGGACAAGAGAAGUUAUCUGAAAAUGUUCCACUACAAAAACUUAAUAUUACAUCUGUCUCAUCAAAGGCAACCAACCAAUCAGAUGAUGACAAGCCUAAACAUCCACCUAUAAAUUUAAAGAAAGAUUUCACCAAUGGUGAAACAGGAGAAGAUGAUGAUUUUGUUGAAGUAACUCCUCGUAUGAAUCUCAUAUCAUGGGAUCCAGUUAAGUUAUUAAAGAAAUUAUAUCAUGUCAAGUUAAUUGAAGAAACAGCAGAAGAUAUAUCUUACCAGUAUGUUUCUAUGGAAGGCUUUAUGGAAAAAUUACCAAUGAACAAGAAGAAAGCAACCUUACUAAAAACAUGGAAAAGAAGAUUUUUUAAAGCCAAAGAUGGCUGGUUACAUUAUUAUGAGAGCAGUAAUAGAGACCGUCCCAGUGAUAGUUUACAGUUAAUGGGUGGUAAAAUAUUAGAAAUGACAGAUUUAGGAUCUAGAAUACUGGGUAUUGAUGAUGGAAGAGGUAAAUUUUUAAUGGUAAGAGUUCCUAGUGAUAAAGAAUAUGGUCAAUGGAAACUAGCAUUAGACAGUCAAAUAGCUGAUAAUACUAAAGCAGGUUAUCUACAACCUGUAUUAUAUGCUAAUCCACAUCCAAAAAAGAAAGUGUUAGUUGUUGAUAUGGGUAGUAGUGCAAUCAGAGCAGGUUUAUUAGGAGAACAAGCAUCUCUUCCCCAGUUAUUUUUCCCAUGUGUAGCCUCUGUUAACAAGACGACUGGUGAUAUUAUUGUUGGUGCUGAUGCUUAUAAACCAGAAAAUAGAUCUAAUAGUAAUUUAGUUUAUCCAGUCCAUCCAUCUAAUAAAAUAGAUAAGUUUACCAUUGAUUGGAAAGUUAUAAAAGUUUUAUUUCAAAAAAUAUUUACUGAGUUAAAGAUCAAUCCGUCACAGCACUGGGUUAUGUUGAGUACACCACAGAGCUUAGGUGAUAAUUUAAAGGAAGGCUUAAUGGAAGUAUUUAUAAACCAGUACAAUAUGUGUGGUGUAUGUAUGGUACAACAAUCUCUUCUUUCACUUUAUUCUUAUAAAGCUACUUCUGGUAUUAUAGUAGAUAUUGGACAGAGAAUAGAAAUAUUACCUAUAUAUGAUGGUUUUGUGAUAUCUGGUGGUGUUUCUAGAUUACCUUAUGGUUCUGACAAAAUACAGAAUUCUUUAACACAAUCUUUAUUAGAAAAUAAUUACUCCUUCCAAUCUACUAUAGAACAAUUAAUAGUUAAAUAUAUUAUGGAACAGAGUUGUUAUGUAGCCAGUCAUUAUAAGAAUGAAUUAAGUGAAUGUAAAAAUGCUGACAAUAAAAUAUCUACAACAGUUAAAUUAGAUGGCUUUGAUUUACCACCAACAGCUUAUUCUGAAGUGAAAUAUGAUGAAGGAAGAUUUAAAAGUACAGAAGGUUUAUUUGAUACUGACAUGUGGGAAAUGGAUUUUCCUAAUUUACAUAAACUGGUAUUUCAAGCUAUACAGAUGUGUCCCAUGGAUAACAGGAGACACAUGUAUAGAGCUAUAUAUUUAUCUGGUGGAGUAACUAUGUUACCAGGCUUUGCUGAUAGAUUUAAAAUAGAACUGACAAAACUAGCUCCACCUGGUGUACCUAUAGAGGUACACGCUUCUCAGAACCGGUACCAUGCUGCUUAUAUUGGCGCCUGUUCUGUUGCUGGUAUGAAUGAAUUUGAAAUGAUGUGUAUUGAUAAAAAUCAAUGGAAAACUGAAGGAAAGAAAGCAUUCAGAAAAUGGCAGGCACCAACUGCAUGA